AUGAUUCAUAAGAUGUCAAAAGUAAAACGUUUAAUAAUUCUUGAUCUCAAUGGUCUUCUCAUUCAUCGGCUUUAUAAAAGUGAUUAUGUUAAAAAUAAACGUCUCUUCGAAGACGAGUACCGUCUCGGACAUCUAGCACGUCCCGAGCCGAAAGGUAAUUUCGCUGUAUGGUUUCGUCCACAUGUCAAAUCAUUUCUCGAUUGGUUACUCGAACAUUUCCAUGUGGCUAUCUGGUCAUCCGUCUUGCAACAUAAUAUAGCUCCUAUUGUGGAAUCUUUGUUUCCCGAUGAACAUGAACGUGAUCGAUUAUUGUUCUGGUGGAAUCAAGACAAUUGCUUCGUGGAAGAAGAUCCAACAGCAACCGAUCCGAAAAAGAUGAAAUCAUUCUACAAACGUCUUACAUCGGUUUGGGAUACAGUUGACAUUAAUGAGCGUUGGCUAAUUAAUCAACCAAGUGAUGUUCAACUAACCGAUCAUACCUUAUUAAUCGAUGACAAUAAGUUAAAAGUUCGUGACAAUCCGAUUCACACAGCGAUCCAUCCUCGAACGUGGAAAUUAUUUGAAUUAUACGAUGACAAUCAUAAUAUACGUAUAUACGAAGAUGACACGUUAGAUGUCAAUGGACAUUUGAGAAAAUGGCUAAGAGGUUUAUUAGAAUGGAAUGGAACGGUAGUGGAGUACGUCGAACGAAAUCCAUAUGAUGAUCCACCAUUGAAAGAGAUUGAAAAUAAAUCAGAGAAUUCGUGGGAUUCAGAUGGUCAGUUUAAAUAA